CGAUCUUUGCACAUUACCUUUGCUCUGUCAUAGCAUUACAAGUUGGUUGUUAAUUAACCUGACAGGUUUAUGCUUUAUUGGCGUUUAUAUUUAGCUUGACAGAGCUAACAGAUUAUAUGAGUGGUAGGUAGCAGGGAGCACUGCAAGCCUUAGAGUUAGGGGGUUAGUGUCAGUUUGCAACUCCCGCGCUAAAUUUAGCAUGUUUGUGCGGAACGAGUGCUCAUGAACAGACACGCGCGGUGACCCACAGGCGACUACGGCUGCUUUUGGGGGGAAAACGACACAAGCUUUGUCACCUGCUCUCUAAUCCUCUUUGUGUUUCCUUUUUGGCAUGAAGGCACUGGCCUUGGACUACGAGUGAUGGGCCCCUGUCUUUCUGAAGUACUGAAGCCAUGGGCCUGUCAGAUGAGCCACUAGGGGGCCGUGGCCGAAACAGCCCAGACCCUCUGAUCAGAGAUGCCUACCUGAUGGCCUACGACUACCUUACCUACGUGAUUACCCCGCCCGGCGGGGACCUCCCUCCGCCUCCCUGUCUGCCGGCAUCCGCGCUGCGGCACGCCGGCGACGAACUCCUCACCCGUUUUCCCAUCUUCUUCCGCCGCUGGCCGCGUGUCUUCCAGGAUGUGACGGAGAGAACGGCCUGCCCCAUGCUCACGGCCAUCUUGGACGAGCACUUUGGCACCAUGGCCCCGGGCGGGCGCCGCAGAGACCUGGCCUGGAGUGCUGUGCUGUCGGUGUAUGUGCUGGCUGGACAGAUGGCCCUGCAUUGCCAUGACAACGGCAUGGAUGUCGUAAUACCACAGCUGCAGGAGUGUGUGGGAGCGUACGUAGAGAGGGUGAUCUGUCCUGAGAUCAGGGAACACGGGGGAUGGUCUGGAUUUAUAUCUCGAUUUGGGGUGAAACAGAGCUUGGAAGGUCAAGUGAAAAGAGUAUGCUGCUGGACUUUACUACUGUUGACCACAGGCAUUCUCACCUACUUCCUUUGGAAAAGAAGAAUGGGGUGAACGUGUAUAGAGCACUGUGUUCAGGGAUACAUAAAUAGAGACUGUUUUUACAACCGAGAUGUCUUGGAAUCAGACAACCACUUCUCAAAAAUGAAUUAUUGAAUGAAUGUAAAUGUGUAUGACUGUACUCUAUUUAUGCAUAUUAUAGAGCCACUUUUACUUUAAAAAUAUUUUGAAAAGUAAAUAAGUAAGUAAUGUCAGAUUACGUGCAACACAUAAAGCUCAUUUUAUGUGGUUUCCAAUCAAAGAAAUAGCAUUCUUUUUAAAUUGUUAAAUCAGUACAGCCACUAGGUUGGGUGAACCCUGCCAAUAGUCUAUUGAAUUUUAGUAGGCUGGUCAUCUAGCGUCCUCUGCUGUUCAUGUAGUAGAUUGUUCUGGAAGUGUGAAAUGACUCCAAAUUUUUGGGACGUGGCUUUCUUCACAAAGUAUCAAAUAUGAGCGCUGAGUGUGUCACAACAGUCAACAGGAAAUAAGUCAGUGACCGCGAUGAAGUAACUGACAAGCAGACGGUCCUGUUGACUUCUGCCACAUAUCGCGCCUUUUUUUUUUUUUUAAACCGGUUAACGUGCCACUUAGCUCAUCAUGUGAUUCGGAUCAAAUUUCAGGAAGUAGCACGUCAACCUGUUCUUCAAAUUAGGCCCAGGCCUAGUUGAAUCUGCAUUACUUUAGUUACUCAAGGCUCUGAGGUAGGCUACUCACAGGAGGUGAUUUACUAGCAUGUGCAGGCUUGAACAGCCACAAGUGUCCUCAAUCAGUAGUCUACAUUGUUAUGUUGAAUAAAAACCUACAAAUGCCUUUAUAAUCAGUAAUUGUACAUAGGUCCAUAUUACCACUUGAUCAGCUAAAGAUUCUUGGUUUUGGACUCUAAUAUGUUUUUUUUUUUUUCUAAAUAAAUAACAAAUCUA